CAAGCUUCGGUCUAUGUUGCACCUUCGCGAUAAGCACUCACCUCACAUAUACACGGGAGAACUACAUUCAAGAUGGAUUUCUCUAAAUUUAGCAAGGGAUUCUCUGCGCAGAUUACUCCGUUUGCGUCACGGACCUUCCAGUUUACCAAGGAGCAGUUGGGCCAAGCAGAUGAUCGAACUGAGCUUCCUGCCGACUACAUCGACCUCGAGAAAAAGGUCGAUGCUCUGAAACAAGCCCACCAGAAGAUGCUUGCGGUGACUUCGCAAUAUACCAACGAAGCCUAUGACUAUCCUCCCAACAUCAAGGAGACAUUUCAAGAUCUUGGCCGAACUGUGAGUGAGAAGGUCAGCCUUCUAUCUUCGGCUACAUCUACUGCAGAGGCCCAAGCAGCUCUCGUGGCUCCAGCAUCUGCGAAGCCGCAACCGAAGACUUUCAACCAUGCCAUCUCUCGUGCAAGCUUAUCCAGCAGCCAGCUCCUGCACCAGCACCACACUGGUGCUGGCGAAGAUCCUCUGGCAACGGCUCUCGAGAAAUAUGCACUUGCUAUGGAACGAGUGGGCGACGCGCGCCUUGCUCAGGAUUCACAAAUUCAAAGCCGGUUCCUGGCAGGAUGGAACACCACCCUCAAUACCAAUCUUACCUUCGCGGCACGUGCUAGAAAGAAUGUUGAAAAUUCAAGAUUGACCCUCGAUGCUGUCAAAGCUCGUGUAAAGGGAACAACCUUUAAACUUGGUGGCGGCCACGCUCGGGCUGACCGUCCCGACGAAGCAGAGCUCAGCGCUGAUGCUCAAGAAGAAAUCGAGAAAGCAGAGGACGAGUUCGUGACACAGACCGAGGAAGCGGUUGGUGUGAUGAAGAACGUAAGUGUUUUGGACACCCCUGAACCACUUCGUAACCUCGCCGAACUUGUUGCUGCCCAAAUGGAAUAUCACAAGAAGGCAUACGAGAUCCUAAGUGAACUCGCUCCGGUCCUCGAGACCCUGCAGACGGAGCAAGAAGUAGGCAGCACCUCUAAAUUUUCAGCACUAUAAUAAGGAGCUGGCUGACAUUGAGGGCGUUUAUUAGGCCAGCUACCGAAGAAAUCGCGAUAUGGCUUGAGGAAUAUCUAAUGCUUUAGUUGCGUGAUGCAAGUAGGAUUUUCAACACUAGUUCGAUGAAUGCCGCAUAAUAUAUACCUUGCUUGUUAGUUCUGAAGCUUGAACACGACCCAAUAAUGAAUAAAAAGGUGCAAUAAGAUGUC